AUGCCAAAAGUGUUACGAAAUGGCAACAAAUUCAAGAUGAGUUAUGAUGGUAACAUUUCAUACAAGUCUGGCUCUGUGUACCAUGGACUGCGGAUAGUAAGAGGACUUAGCGAUGCAGUUAUCAAAGUUCACAAUGAAGAAUUUCACAUUCACAAGAUCAUCCUUUGCAACUGCAGCCCAUAUUUUGGAGCCCUCUUUCUACGUUGGUCUACCCCAGACCAGAGGGACUAUGUCAUACAAGGUCUUACCCCUCACUUAAUGCAGCUCUUCAUUGACUUUGCAUACACUGACUGUGUGUCAGUGACAGAGGACAAUGUAAAGGACUUGCUGAUAGCAGCUGAUAAGUUCAAUAUGACAGCCAUUGUUCAAACCUGCUGCACAUUUCUAACAAAGCAGCUCUGCCCAGAGAACUGCAUCGGCAUAUGGCAGUUCACAAAGAACUGUUACACCCCGGAACUGCAGCUCAAGGCCUACCAAUACAUCCUUUACCACUUUGAAGAAGUUGCAACCGUGGAUGAGUUGCGGCAGCUCCCUAUUCAGGACUUCUGUGACAUCAUUGACAGAGAUGACCUGAUAGUGAAAAAGGAGAACACUGUUUUUGAGGCCGUCCUCCACUGGAUUGCACACGCACCAAGGGAACGUGGCAGAAACCUGGCAGUGCUCCUAGGCCGAGUGCGUCUAGCGCUGACAAGUGAGGAGUACAUCACCAUCAACGUGUUGUCCAAUCACCUGGUGCAGAACAGCAGCAAAUGCCUGGACAUGGUUGCUUUUGCUACUCGAGUGAUUCGUCACAUGACAGCAAACUCUGUGUCUGGAUAUUUCAACCUUGUCGCUCGUCCUCGCCUACCUUCUGCUAUCCUGCUGGCAAUCGGAGGCUGGAGUGGUGCAAAUCCCACACACUGCAUUGAGGCCUAUGAUGUGCAUGCCAACAGUUGGAUCAGUUUUACAGAAGAUAUGGAACAACCCCGUGCUUACUGUGGUGCUGCCUUUCUCAAUGACUCCAUCUACUGUCUGGGUGGCUUUGAUGGCACAGAACAUUACAACACUGUCAGCCGCUUUGACCUGAACACACACACCUGGCAGGAAGUGGCGCCCAUGCACUAUCGCCGCUGCUACGUGAGUGUAACUGUGCUAAACGGAUGCAUCUAUGCAUUAGGAGGCUAUGAUGGACGGGUAAGACUAAAGACUGCAGAAUGCUACACACCUGAGACCAACCAGUGGACUCUUAUUGCCAGUAUGCACGAACUGAGAAGUGACGCAAGCUGUACAUCCCUCAAAGACAAGAUUUACAUUUGUGGUGGUUUUAAUGGAAAUGAACCCUUGCAAACAGCAGAGUAUUACAGCCCAGAGACCAACGAGUGGACAAUGAUAACCCCAAUGAGCAGCCGUCGCAGUGGCAUUGGAGUCAUUGGCUUUGCUGACCAUAUUUAUGCAGUCGGAGGCUAUGAUGGUCAAACACGUCUGACUACUGCUGAGGCUUAUAACCCCCAUACUAACAACUGGUUUGUUUUGGCCCCCAUGGAUUGUCCCCGGAGCAACUUUGGCAUUGAAGUAGUUGAGGAUCGUCUCUUUGUUGCUGGAGGGUUUGAUGGCAUCUCCACAACCAAGCUCGUUGAGUACUACGACCUAACAACUGGUAUCUGGUCUCCAGCCAGUGACAUGAGGAUCUCUCGUAGUGCCUUGACUUGCUGUGUGAUGACUGGGUUUUACAACAUGGCCCAAUAUGCUAUGGUUCGGAAUGAUCUGCCAUUGCUCUUUUUGGAAGACGAUAUUAUGGAUACAGAGGAUGACCUCUAUAAAUCGUGGCGUGAUUCUUGGUGCUGA